GUGCCAUGAGUCCUUGAACGCACCGUGCACCGUCCAACAUGGCGGCCCAGCGUCGGAAUUUGAUGCAGAGCCAUCAGAGCUGGACCGAUGACCUCCCCCUGUGUCAGAUGUGCGGGGUCGGCUCAGCACCGAACUGUGUGUACGGUCCUGAUGGGAAAGGAACUCAGAGCCACACUAAUGAGGACGGACACCUCCGGUUCAGAGGCGAGGAUGGCUGCUUCCUGUACGGGGUGUUUAACGGGUAUGACGGCAGCAGAGUAGCCAGCUUCGCCUCCCAGUGUCUGACAGCUGAGCUGUUACUGGGACAGCUCAACUCCAGUCACACAGACAAUGACGUCCGCAGGAUCCUCACACAGGCCUUCGACGUGGUGGAGAAAAGCUACUUUGAGACAAUCGACGACGCUCUGGCUGAGAAAGCUCACUUGUCCAACUACCUCCUCCCACAUAAUGAGAACGUGUCAUUCCACCACUCCUCUCAGAGUCAGAAGGUGCAGGAGCGUCUGAAGGAGCUGGAGCAGGAGGUUUCGGGAGGAGCAACGGCGGUGGUGGCGCUCAUCCUCAACAACAAGCUGUACAUCGCCAACGUCGGUACCAACCGGGCCCUGCUCUGCAAGUCCAGCAGUGAUGGACAGAACCAGGUCCUCCAGAUCGGCCGACCUCACAGCACCGACAAUGAAGACGAGCUGCAGAGACUGGCUGCACUGGGCGUGGAUUCAUCCAGAGUGAAGCAGGCGGGGCAGAUCGCUGGGCAGAGCAGCACCAGGAGGCUCGGGGACUACCGAGUCAAGUUCAACUACAAUGAAAUCGACUUACUCAGCGCGGCCAAGACAAGGCCGAUCAUCCCGGAGCCGGAGAUUCAUGGCAGCCAGUCUUUGGACAGCGUGACAGGCUUCUUGUUGCUGAUGUCAGAAGGUCUCAUCAAUGCCCUUGAGUCUGCCCACGGAGCCGAUCAGGCCAAUCAGGACAUUGUUGCCAUGGUAGCAGCAGAGUUGGCCCAGCAGACCAGUCUUGAAGCAGCGGCUCAGUCCGUGGUGGAGCGCGUCAAACGGCUGCACCACGACGUGUACGUGUCGGGCCGUCAGAGGGCGACUUACUGCUCCCGACACGAGGACAUGACCCUGCUCAUCCGCACGCUCAACUACCCGCUGGCCGACGGAGCGCUGACGCCCACUCAGGGAGGGCGUAUCUACCCGGUGUCAGUGCCCUACUCAAACAGCCAGAGCACCAGUAAAACCAGCGUCACCCUCUCCCUGGUCAUGCCCUCUCAAAGCACCCUCACCAACGGGACCAACACGGCCUCCACGCUGGAGGAAGGAACCCCCACACCGGGCAGUCAGAGCCCCACAGCCACCCUCCAGUCCACCAACACGCAGACGCAGAGCUCCAGCUCCAGCUCGGGGGACGGGAGCCUCUUCCGCCAGAGGGGAAGUCAAGCGGCUCAGCCCGACGAGACGGGCCGGGUCCCGCCUUACGUGGACUUCAGUCAGUUUUACCGCCUGUGGGGGAGUGACCACAAUGACGGCCAGAGCACGCAGGGGGGACUGGGACCACAGUGAGGAGGAUGAGGAAGGGUACUGGGUGCAGGUUUGAAAUGGAUGGACUCCUGGCAGUGAGGACAAAGACUUUGAGAAGAGGGUUUGAAUUAAAGAGAGAAUGCUUUUAAUGUAUCAUAACUGAAAAAGAGGAGACCUAAAGGCGCAUGGGGGACUCAUGGGAGGACGGACUUGGGGGUUUUAAGGUCUUGCUAUGAAAAGGUGGGUGAAGGCAGAAUGCAAAGAACAUCCUUGAAGCACCAUCAUCACGUUAAUCUUCUGAAAGAGAUGCUGGUCAUGAGUGAUUGUGAAUACAUGUAAUCCAGACCGUAGCUGUUAUUGUCACAUGUAACGUUGUGUAUCUGCAAACAGGACUCUCGUAGACUCCAGGGUUUGUAGACUUGUGAAUGAUAACACACUGUAAGGCCUUAUAAUGAAUGAACGGGUUUGAAAGUACUUUUUUUAUUUGUAAUGAAAGUAUAUAUCCAAACGAG